AUGUCUUUUUGUGACAGUGAACUUUUUCAUAGUGACAUUUUUUUUUCUGAAAAUCCAAGUGUAUUGCAGAUUCAGUUAUAUGUAGAUGAAGUUGAGCUUUGCAAUCCAAUAGGAGCAAAGCGAGGGAAGCAUAAAGUGACUGCAUUUUAUUUUUUGUUAGGCAAUAUUCCAUCUGAGUUUCGUUCAAAGCAAAAGUUUAUUCAUUUGGCUUUAUUGAUUGAACAUAAGUUUAUAAAAAUGGCUGAAUAUGACUACACUGAAUUUCUUCGUCCAUUAAUUUAUGAUUUAAAUGUACUGCAGAGAGAAGGAAUUGAGGUUUCCGUCAAUGGAUUACGUCAACGUUUAAAAGGCAAACUUACAGGUAUAUCAGCUGAUAUGCUUUCAGCUCAUGCUAUAGGAGGAUUUCAGCAUUAUUUCCAUACAGGAAGAAUUUGUCGUUUCUGUAUGGUGGACAAGUCAGAAAUUGGAAAUAAUUUUAGUGAAAGCACUCUUUGUCUCAGAACACCACAAAUUCAUGAAUACCACUUGGCUGCUAUAAUUUAUAGUGCAGCAAACAAGAAUGUGUAUAGUGUUAGCAAAAAGUGUGAUUUUUUAGAGUUAGAUAACUUUGAUGUACUUACAGCUUUCCCUCCAGAUAUAAUGCAUGAUUUAUUUGAAGGCAUUAUGCCAGUAACUUUGAAAUGUGUUAUCAAACAUUUGUUGCGUUCUUGUGAUACAUUAUCAGUAAAUAAUAUACACGAUUCUAUAAACAAAAUUCAUUUAAUUAAUUCAUCUAAUCGCCCUUGCCAAUUACCUAAAAACAAUGCAUCUGAUAAAGCACACAUAAAUGGAACAGCUGCACAGAAAUUAGAACUUUUCCUAUUGUUUCCGCAGUUAGUCGGUAAUGAUGUACCACAUGGAAAUAUUAGCUGGGAGGUUUAUCUUAUACUUCGUGAAAUAUGUGACAUUGUUAUUGCCCCAAUUGCAGACAGUGACAGUAUAUACAUAUUAGAAGAACUAGUUGCUAUGUUUUUAAAAACAUUUUCUGAAGUAUUUGGUUCUAAAUAUAUUAUUCCAAAAAUGCACAUGCUUGUUCAUUACCCUCGUCUGAUACGUCUUUUUGGGCCUUUACGAAAUUUUUGGUGUUUACGAUUUGAAUCUAAACAUCAGUAUUUUAAAAAAGCUGCCUCAAAUGGACGAUGUUUUAAGAAUAUUACCAAAACAUUGUCAAAGCGUCAUCAAAUGUUGCAGUGCUGGGAAAUGCUGACAGAUGAUAUGCUUUUAUCUAGUUAUACUGUGUCUGGAAACGCACCUAGAUUUUUUCAUAACUUGGAUGUUAAAGUACAAGAAGCUAUAAGAUUGUUACUUAAUUUAGAUAUAUGA